AUGGCAUAAUUAGGAGAAGAAUUCAAAGGCAAAGUAGAUGAAUCUCAAAAAGGUGAAAAGGAGCAACAGGAACAGUUGGGCUCUUAGAAGGAGGAGAAGAACGUCGAAUAAAAUGAAGAAAAGAAUAAAAACUAAUCUUAGCCUUAAACACUUUUCGGUGGUUUGAGUUCUGGAUAGAAUUUCGGAUAAAAUUUGUUUAAUAAUAGUGGAAUUAACUUAAAACCAGGCUAAUUAUUUACAGGAAAUAUCCUAAGUUCAUCCACUUAACCAUCAUCUGAAUUAUUUUCAUCUUUGUUUAAUAAUAAUUCCAAUGUAGAAAUUAAACCCGUGCAACCUUAACCCUAAAUCAUUUAACAAGCACCUAAAGAAAGUGAUGGAUCAGAUGAUGAUGAUGAAGAUGAUUUAGAUGAAAAGUACUUGUAGACCGAAUAAAAAUAGGAAUAUGCACCAAACACAGAAUUGAUUACCAAGCAAGAUAUUGAGAAGUUUAGAAAGAAUGCAAACGGAAUUCUUGAGUAAGGUACUGCAGCAAUUGAAAAAGCAAAUAAUGGUGAAUGCUAUUUCUUUGUUUAUAGAAAUGAAAAAUAAGAAGUAGUCUAUGCAGGUUAAUUGAUUAAAGGACUUUCAGUUACUAAGCCUUUAGGGCAGAAAUAAGAAAAUCUUCUUCUUAAAGUAUUAGGUAAAAAAGAGUCGGAAAACUAAAAAGAACAAGAAGAAACUACUGAAAACAAAUAGUUCACAAUAGACACACUAAAAUUGAUGUUUAAAUAAGAAGAAGGAGCUAAUGCAUUUAAGUCAGAAUUGUCAAAGUCAUUUUAAUGAGAAUAUGUAGAAAUUAUUAUGUUGUUUAAAAAUAAAUCAAAAUCUUAUUCU